CUCCCAGCAUGCAGCGCGGCCCGCUCCUGCCCCUGCUACCGCUGCCGCCGCUGCUGCCGGGGGGAGAAGAUGGCGGAGGGAGGCGCGGCGGAUCUGGAGACCCAGCGCACGGACGUGGCCGCGCUGCUCAAAACCGCCCUCCGCAAGGGCGACACCUGGUAUCUUGUGGAUAGUCGUUGGUUCAAACAGUGGAAAAAAUAUGUUGGUUUCGACAGCUGGGACAAAUAUCAAAUGGGAGAUCAGAAUGUGUACCCUGGUCCUAUUGAUAAUUCUGGACUUCUCAAAGAUGGUGAUUCCCAGUCUCUCAAAGAACAUCUCAUUGAUGAGCUGGAUUACAUCCUGUUGCCCACUGAAGGCUGGAAUAGGCUAGUUAGCUGGUACACGCUAAUGGAAGGUCAAGAACCAAUAGCACGCAAGGUUGUUGAACAGGGUAUGUUUGUAAAGCACUGCAAAGUAGAAGUAUAUCUGACAGAAUUAAAGCUUUGUGAAAAUGGAAAUAUGAACAAUGUUGUCACACGAAGAUUUAGUAAAGCUGAUACAAUAGAUACAAUUGAAAAAGAGAUAAGAAAAAUCUUCAAUAUUCCAGGUGAAAAAGAGACCAGAUUGUGGAACAAAUACAUGAGUAAUACCUUUGAACCUUUGAAUAAACCAGAUAGUACCAUACAAGAUGCUGGUUUAUACCAGGGACAGGUACUGGUAAUAGAACAGAAGAAUGAGGAUGGAACAUGGCCAAGAGGUUCUUCAACUCCUAAGUCCCCAGGUGCAUCCAAUUUUUCAACUUUACCAAAGAUCUCUCCAUCUCUAUCAAAUAAUUAUAACAACAUGAACAACAGAAAUGUGAAAAAUUCAAAUUAUUGUCUCUCAUCAUAUACUGCUUAUAAGAAUUACGAUUAUUCAGAGCCAGGAAGACAUAAUGAACAGCCAGGCCUGUGUGGCCUGAGUAACUUGGGGAAUACAUGUUUCAUGAAUUCAGCAAUUCAGUGUCUGAGCAACACACCUCCUCUAACAGAAUAUUUUCUCAAUGAUAAAUACCAAGAAGAGUUGAAUUUUGACAAUCCUUUAGGAAUGCGUGGUGAAAUUGCAAAAUCUUAUGCAGAGCUCAUCAAGCAAAUGUGGUCAGGAAAAUACAGUUACGUUACGCCAAGAGCAUUUAAGACACAAGUGGGACGAUUUGCACCACAAUUUUCUGGUUAUCAGCAACAAGAUUGUCAAGAGCUACUGGCUUUUCUCCUGGAUGGCUUACAUGAGGAUUUGAAUCGAAUUAGGAAAAAGCCUUAUAUUCAGUUAAAAGAUGCGGAUGGAAGACCAGACAAGGUAGUUGCUGAAGAAGCCUGGGAGAACCAUUUAAAAAGAAAUGAUUCCAUCAUUGUAGAUAUAUUUCAUGGCCUUUUUAAAUCCACUCUUGUCUGUCCUGAAUGUGCUAAGAUUUCUGUAACCUUUGAUCCAUUUUGUUAUUUGACACUUCCAUUACCCAUGAAAAAAGAACGCACUUUGGAAGUUUUUUUAGUCAGAAUGGAUCCACUUGCUAAGCCUAUGCAGUACAAAGUAGUAGUUCCAAAAAUUGGAAAUAUAUUGGAUCUUUGCACAGCAUUGUCGGCUCUGUCAGGUGUUGCUGCAGAUAAGAUGAUUGUUACUGAUAUAUACAAUCACAGGUUCCACAGGAUAUUUGCCAUGGAUGAAAAUCUGAGUAGUAUUAUGGAACGUGAUGACAUUUAUGUGUUUGAAAUCGCUAUCAAUAGAACAGAAGAUACGGAACAAGUUAUAAUUCCUGUUUGUUUAAGGGAAAAGUGCAGGCACACUAGCUACAGCCAUAGUGGUUCCUCAUUGUUUGGUCAACCUUUUCUCAUAGCAGUGCCUAGAAACAACACUGAAGAUAAACUGUAUAACCUGCUGCUGCUAAGAAUGUGCCGAUAUGUAAAAACAUGCACUGAAACUGAUGACACUGAAGGAUCCCUACGGUGCUGUAAGGAACAUGGUAUCAAUGGUAACGGCCCAAAUGGAAUACAUGAAGAGGGUUCUCCAAGUGAAAUGGAAACAGAUGAACAGGAUGAUGAAUCCAGCCAGGAUCAGGAGCUUCCUUCAGAGAACGAAAACAGCCAAUCAGAAGACUCAGUUGGAGGUGACAAUGACUCUGAAAAUGGAUUAUGUACUGAAGAUACUUGCAAAGGUCAACCACUCACGGGACACAAAAAGCGAUUGUUUACAUUCCAGUUCAAUAAUUUAGGCAAUACUGACAUAAAUUACAUCAAAGAUGAUACCAGGCAUAUUAGAUUUGAUGACAGGCAACCUAGGCUUGAUGAAAGAUCUUUCCUUGCUUUGGAUUGGGAUCCUGAGUUGAAGAAGAGAUACUUUGAUGAUAGUGCAGCAGAGGAUUUUGAAAAACAUGAAAGUGUGGAAUAUAAGCCUCCCAAAAAGCCUUUUGUGAAAUUAAAAGAUUGCAUUGAGCUGUUCACAACAAAGGAAAAACUAGGUGCUGAAGACCCAUGGUAUUGUCCAAACUGUAAAGAACAUCAGCAAGCUACCAAAAAGUUAGACUUGUGGUCACUUCCCCCAGUACUGGUAGUUCAUCUAAAACGCUUUUCCUAUAGCAGAUACAUGAGGGACAAGUUGGACACAUUGGUUGGCUUUCCAAUAAAUGAUUUGGACAUGUCAGAGUUCCUUAUUAAUCCAAACGCAGGCCCUUGCCGCUACAACUUGAUUGCUGUCUCCAAUCACUAUGGAGGAAUGGGAGGAGGGCACUAUACUGCUUUCGCAAAAAAUAAAGACGAUGGAAAAUGGUACUACUUUGAUGACAGCAGCGUGUCAAUUGCAUGCGAGGAUCAAAUAGUGUCCAAAGCAGCGUAUGUGCUCUUCUACCAGAGACAGGAUACAAUCAGUGGAACUGGCUUUUUUCCUCUUGACCGGGAAACUAAACAAGGUGCUUCAGCUGCCACAGGCAUCCCACUAGAGAGCGAUGAAGACAGCAAUGAAAAUGAUAAUGAUAUAGAAAAUGAAAAUUGUAUGCACACUAACUAAUGGAAGAACUAGAAGCCAUAAAAGAGACUUUCCUACAGGGGAUACCUAUUGAAAGAGUGAAAUUGCCCACCAAAUUAAAAAAAUAAAAAUCUGAGAUGGGGAAUUUCAGAUAACAGAAUGUAAAUCUUUAUUACAUUUUAACAUGUGCAGUACUUGAAGUGAAACAAUAAAAUCUUUAACGAAAUUGUCUCUAAUGCAUUUACAGUCUUGUAUUCACAAGCUAUAUAUAGGAAAUCACAAAUAAACCCCUUUUAAGUUUUCUGCUGCUGUUCUGAUGGAUUAUGUUUUCUUUGGUUUUGGAUGUGAGUUAAUAACGAAAAUGUUAAAUCUGUGGACUUCUGACAUUUAUUUUCUUAGUACUGCAAGAAUACUACUGCCAAGUCUAGUUUCUGGAUGAAUAUAUUCAUGUCCCUUAGGCUGUCACACAGACUAUAAGUAAAAAUGUCAUAAACAUAAGCAGUAGUUUCGAAACAACAAAUUUCUAUGUUUCUCCCUAAAAAAAAAUACCUUUUUAAAUUUGAUCAUGAUAGAAGAAAUAGCUUGAAAAGGUGUUUUAACCUUUCGUGAUAUAGUUGUGCAUCCAGAAUAUUAUGUUCACCUUACUGCUGCUGUGGAACAGGUUCUGGAUGUCAUGCUGCAUUAACAAAGUUUUUCAAUUAAAUGUAAGUAUCCUUUGUUGCUUGUUGGAAUCUACUCUGCAAACAUAAUUCCUGUUAUCUUGCUUAUAAGACAUGCAUAAUUUUAAUCUGAUGUCAGUCCAAAAUUUAAAAUUGUGCUGUAAGUUCUCUCUCCCCAGUUUUCAUAGUUUGACAGCUUGCAAACUACUCUGUAAUAGGGUCAGAGUUAAUAGUAUUCUGUAUCCGUAGUAAUGACUGUGUAUCGGGCUUAGAUGAGAAUUUCUCAAUAUAACCUACCUUUAAAUCAUUAAUGAACAAAUUGGUUUUAAAGGUAGGCCUGUUAAUUUUCUUUGUGUGUUCCUGUUGGAAUUCACCAUAGCCUUACAGCUCUGAAAAGGUAACUCAUUAUAAGAGAAUUGGCAUUUGCAUGUUCAAGUCAGAACCUGUACAGUAUAUAAGGCAUAAAAACUUUGAAUUGGGUUUCAGUUAAUCGUGUUCAGGGGUCCAGGAUGCCAAAAUAAGUGUGACAAUUUGAAACAUUUUUUAAUUUGCUGCUUUCCCUUCAAUCUAGUUGGAAGAAUGUAUUGUUAAUUUGUAUACAAUACUGCCUUUGAGAGGAACCCUUGAUUGCGGGGGCACAUUUCACAUAUCUACUACCUGGAGAAUUGCUUUGUGUCCCACUGUUCAAACAGAUAAUUAAAAAUAAAGAUAAAAGCAAAAAGUAUGAUGUUCUUCACUUGAACUAAUCAAAUACAAUAGGUUAUAAAUUGUGUAUUGUAAAUAAAAGUUCACUCUGUGAGUGCACAUUUUGGUAAAUUAUUUAUUUAUGUUAGCAUUAAAAAGUUUAAAAAAUUGCAUUUGACCAGGAUAUAAAUGAGGUAUGUUGGACAUGGCUUUGCUUUAUACCUUGAUAUUAAACUGGUGUUUCAUCCUGGUAUUUUAAAGCUGCUUUGAGGUUUUUUUUUUAAAUGUAAACUAACCUCCUGCAUGACAGAGGUUAAAAUUUUGUCUGCACUUGAGUUCACUUGGGUUUACAUUUGAAAUGCGCAUGUUUAUUUAUACAGAUUUCAAUAAAGCUAUUCAAGGCCUUA